CUCUCGGCGCGGCUGGUCCUCUCGCCCCGCUGUUUACACGACGACGCUGACUUCUCCGCGGUCGCGCAGCUAGCGGCUGGAGGGCUGCAGCUCACUGCGGUCGGACCCACUGCGAAAGCCCGCCACAGUAAAAUGAAUGAAAAUAAAUCUGAUGGCUCGCAGAACCUUUUUUGUGUUUUCUGUCGAAAAGAUGAUGACUGUCCCAACAAAUACGGAGAAAAAAAAACCAAUGAGACAUGGAAUCUCACAGUACAUUACUAUUGUUUGCUAAUGUCAAGUGGAAUUUGGCAAAGAGGUAAAGAAGAGGAAGGAAUGUAUGGCUUCCUGGAAGAAGACAUCAGGAAGGAAGUAAAUAGAGCAUCUAAACUGAAAUGUUUUGUUUGCAAAAAAAAUGGCGCUUCAAUUGGAUGUGUUGUACCUCAGUGUAAACGAAGUUACCAUUUCCCGUGUGGACUUCAGAAAGAAUGUAUUUUCCAGUUUACUGGCAAUUUUGCGUCAUUUUGUGGGAAACAUCGACCUGUUCAAGUAAUUGCAGCUAAGAAGUUUAGAGACUCUUUACCAUGUACCAUUUGUUUGGAAUGUAUUGAUCCUAUUCCUACUUAUAGCAUAAUAAGAAGUCCUUGUUGUAAGAAUGCUUGGUUUCACAGAGAUUGUGUACAGGUUCAAGCGAUAAAUGCAGGAGUGUUUUUCUUUAGGUGUACAAUAUGCAAUAAUAGUGACAUCUUUCAGAAAGAGAUGUUGAGAAUGGGAAUUCAUAUUCCUGAAAAAGAUGCAUCAUGGGAGUUAGAAGAAAAUGCUUAUCAAGAGCUUUUGCAGAGCCACGAACAUUGUGAUGUUCGAAGAUGUCAUUGCAAAAAAGGGCGAGACUAUAAUGAGCCCAAUAGCAAAUGGGAAAUAAAGCGCUGUCAGUGUUGUGGUUCUAGUGGAACACAUUUAGCCUGUUCCUCACUACGAACAUGGGAACAAAAUUGGGAGUGUUUGGAAUGUAGAGGUAUUAUCUACAAUUCAGAUUUCCAAAAGGCCCCAAAACAUGCAUUAACAAGCUCCAUUAAUAUGGCAAUUACUGAUUGUUUAUUGGAAGAGUCAUCACCUAAGUUACCCAGACAGUCACCUGGAGCUCAGCGUAAAGAACUACUAAGGCAAGACAGCAAACUUAGGAGAGACAUUUCAACAAUAUUGAUAGAGUUAGGAUUCCAAAUUAAAAGAAAAACUAAAAAAUUAUUUGUCAACAAGGGCAAUCUGUGGAAGAGUGCCUUAGAUGGAUUCAGAAAUCAAAACUUUAAUCCUUCAUAUACAAUUGAAGUUUGGUAUGUCAAUGAAAAUGAUAAUUUUAGAAGAGAGCAUCCUGGUUCAAAGCAAGAAUUUUUCAGUCUCUUAAUACAGCAUCUUGAGAACUCAUCAUUGUUUGAAGGAUCCAUCUCAAAGAACUUGUCUUUAAACUCACAAGCUCUGAAAGAAAAUCUUUAUUAUGAAGCUGGCAAAAUGCUUGCUAUUUCUUUAGUUCAUGGUGGUCCUUCACCUGGUUUCUUUUCUAAAACUUUGUUUAACUGCCUUGCUUAUGGACCAGAAAAUACCCAACCAAUUUUGGAUGAUGUUUCUGACUUUGAUGUGGCACAAAUUAUAAUCAGGAUAAAUACUGCAACAAGUACAGCUGACUUAAACUCAGUAAUAAAUGAAUACUAUAACUACCUAGAACUUAUUGGAUGUCUAAGACUUAUAACAACAUUAAGUGAUAAAUAUAGGUUGGUAAAAGACAUACUUUUUAACCAUGUAAUUACAAGAGUCAAAGCACCCUUUGAAAGUUUUAAACAGGGUCUGAAAACUCUUGGAGUUUUGGAGAAAAUUCAGACUUACCCAGAAGCAUUUUAUAAAAUCCUCUGUCAUAAACCUGAGACUCUUUCUGCAGAAAUCCUUAGUGAUCUUUUCAGAGUACAUACAUUACCUGACGUACAAACUUUGGGAUUUUGGAACAGUUACUUACAAACUGUUGAGGAUGGUAAAUCUUCAACAACAAUGGAAGACAUUCUUGUGUUUGCAACCGGUUGCAGUUCCAUUCCACCUGCUGGAUUUAAACCCACUCCUUCGAUUGAGUGUCAACCUAUGGCCUUUCCUGUUGGGAACAAGUGUAGUAACUGCUUAGCUCUUCCAACCACACACACGUACAAAGAAUUUCAAGAAAACAUGGACUCUGCCAUAAGGAACAGGCCCAGACUAGGGCAGGAAGAGAGCCCUCACUACACUGGACAUCAAAAUGUUCUUUGAGCAAAGACAUUCUUUAGAAGCUGCUUUGGAUAAUGUUUUGUUUCUAUUAAUCACGUUUGAACAAAUGUGUCAGCUUCUUGGACUAAUAAAAUAUAUGAUAUUAAUACAAAGGAAUUUUUUGACCAUUUUAACCACAAAAAAAAUAUGAUUAAGGUACUCCGGUCAAAAUUUGUGAUAUUUUUGACUAUUAUCGAAACAUCAAUAUAAGUAUUUUUAAAACAGUUGUACAGAUUUUAAUUCAGGUAUAGUAGCAUGACAUAUAUAAGAAAAAACUGUUCACUUACUAUUUUUGUAAAUUAGAAUUGCCUUUAGGA